AUGGAUUCCGAACUCCCAGAGAACGGCCAACAUGUUGAGGGUGCGUCUUGGGGAGAAGAGGGAUAUGGAAGACAAGAGAUACAGCAUAGCGACCAACAAAGUCAAGAUCCUGCCUUCUCACUUGAUCAAGCUGCGAAUGGUGACCAAGAAGAUGGUGGCGAAUAUGACCCUGCGUCAAUCAGCUACGACCCAGAGUCGGUCACGAUAACUCCAGUCCCACAGAUCACAGAUUCCCAGAGUCCGAUCAUUGCCACCGCGUCCCCGUCCACGUCCGCUCCGCCGAAGUCGAAAUCCAGCAAGCCCAAGACACAGGGAGGAUUCGUUUUGGGAGACUCUGACGAUGAGGAGGAUGCGCCGACUCCGGCGUCCAGCGCCGCUGCUGCGUCCGCCCCUGUCUCACACAACCUUUCCUCUCUUCACACAUCCACACCAGUGCAGGUCACCUCUGCCGAGCAGCCGCACGAGGCUGCUCCCGUGAGAGCCCCCAGCACCGCGUCCGCAUCUGCUGUGGCCCCCGUCCCUACUCCCACUCCCGCUCCAGCUAUUGUUCCUGUUCCUGCGCCAUCUGCCCCAGCUGUGCAGCCUGCCCUAAACAGAGACCCGAAUGACAUUUUUGGUGUUCUGGAGGAUCGUGUGAAGGAGGACCCGCGAGGUGAUCUGGACGCGUGGCUAGCUCUGAUGGCCGAGCACCGCCGCAGAGACCAGUUGGACGAGUUGCGCAACGUGUAUGACCGUUUCUUAGAGGUGUUUCCUCAAGCAGCCGACAUCUGGGCCGAAUGGGCUCAGCUUGAGCUGGACUCGAACCAGUUUCAAACCGCUGAAGCAGUCUUCAAUCGCUCCCUCGUCAACGCCCCGAACGUCAAACUCUGGACCGUCUACCUCAACUACAUCCGCAGAAGAUAUGAUCUUACCAACGACCCGAAUGGUGAGGCGCGCCGGAUCCUGACCAUGUCAUAUGAAUUUGUCAUCAGCUCUGUCGGCAUCGAUCGCGACUCGGGUCAGCUGUGGAAGGAUUACAUCCAAUUCAUCAAGAACGGGCCUGGCCAAGUUGGUGGCAGUGGCUGGCAGGAUCAGCAGAAGAUGGAUCAACUUCGCAAGGCGUACCAUCGCGCUAUCACAGUUCCCAUGUCGGCACUCACGGAUCUUUGGAAGGACUACGACCAAUUCGAAAUGAGUCUCAACAAGACUACCGGCCGCCAGUUCAUUCAGAAGCGUUCCCCUGCAUACAUGACCGCCAAGGCAUCUAACUCUCAGCUCGACCGUCUGAUUCCCCGACUUCAGCGAACAACUCUUCCCCGACUUCCUCCCGCCCCCGGUUUCGACGGUGACCAGGAUUUCAUGGAGCAGGUCGAUCUCUGGAAGAAAUGGAUCCAGUGGGAGAAGGAGGAUCCUCUCGUUCUCCAGGAAGAAGAGCCCGAAGCCUACAGAGGCCGUGUGCUUUACUGCUACAAGCAAGCGCUCAUGGCGCUUCGCUUCUGGCCGGAGAUGUGGGUGGACGCAGCUGAGUGGUGCUUUGCGAACAACAUCAGCAAGGACGGCAAAGAGCUGGGCUUGUCAUUCCUUACAGACGGCAUCGAAGCCAACCCUGAGAGCGUGCUGCUGGCGUUGAGGCACGGAGACCGUGUGGAGACGACUUACCCCGCCGCUGACGACGAUGAGAGCAAGGCUGCCCGUGCUAAGGCCAUCCGGGAGCCCUACAGCAAAGUCCUCGACAACUUGUACGCCAUGUCGAAGAAGCUCAAAGAGCGGGAAGAGCAAGCGGUUCGCAAGAUCGAGGCGGCUGCUGGGCCUGACCUUAACAUCAAGAAUUCCAUCGAGCGCAACGACGACGACGUUGACGGCGACGCCCCGCCGGCUGAGUUUGGGAAGGAGGCGCAUGUCAAGGCCGUUAAGCAUGGCUUCUCGGUGCAGGCGGAUAUGCUGAAGCGUACCAUCUCGUUUGUGUGGAUUGCACUCUGUCGGGCUGCGCGCCGAACACAGGGCAAAGGCAGCGCCUCAGCAGGCCUUCGUCAGGUGUUCAUUGAAGCCAGAAGUCGAGGCCAGUUGACGAGCGACGUCUAUAUUGCUGUGGCCAAGAUGGAAGCUCUCAUUUACAACGACCCUGCUGGUGGCAAGAUUUUCGAUCGCGGUGCCAAGCUUUUCCCCGAGGACGCGAGCUUCAUGUUGGAGUACAUCAAGUUUCUGCACUCCAAGGGCGACACCACAAAUGCUCGCGUUGUUUUCGAGACCUGCGUAAACCGCUUGACGCAGAAGGAAGACAAGAAAGACAUGGCCAAGUCACUCUACUCCUACUUCCACAAGUAUGAGUCGCAGUUUGGAGAGCUUUCGUCGAUUGCCGAACUUGAGAAGCGCAUGUCGGAGCUCUGGCCCGCGGAUUCCAAACUCACCCACUUCGCCAGCCGGUUCUCGGUUGAGACCUUUGACCCUAUCGCUUAUCGGCUCAUCAUCUCGCCCGCUGUCCAACUGCGACCCAAGAUGAUGCUUCCUGUCCCCGAGCAGCCGACGUCGGUUCGCCAAACUCCCAUGCCUCCCCCGCCCGUUCGGCAGACUGCCAGCCCGGCCCCGCAGUACAUGGGCGUCGUCAACUCGCCUAAGCGGCCCUUCGUCGGCGAUGAUUUCGAAGAGCUUAACAGGCCCCGAAAGCUCGCACGCGGAGAGUCCCCGCUCAAGGGUGCUGCCGGACGCCGACUAGACCAACAACGUCGGAACCAAGGCGCACCUCUGUCCCGAGACAUCACCUUCUUCCUUGGUAUCUUGCCGCCGGCCCACGCGUACGCUCAAUCUCCCGACGCCUAUCGUCUCAACACCUACAAUCUUGUGAACCUCAUCCAGAACACCCCUGUGCCGGACUACAGCGCUUGGAAAACCAACCAGGAGCGCAGACAAAACAAUGGUAUGCAAUCCCCUUCCGAUGGCCGUCAGGCUUCUGGUGAUUAUGCCGGAUACGUGUUUGGUGCACGGAACUCUCCUCAACGGGCCUUGAGUCCUUUUGACGGCGUUGUACGCUUCCAGCCCUCGGGUUACAGGAACUCUCCUCUCCGACCUGGGUCUAGCGGCGAUUCUCCUCACACUGCUGUUUCGACGCAGCAAGGCCAGCAGUUACCGGCUGCUGCUGUGUACAAUGGAAGCCUCAACUGGACCCAAUCACCUUCUGGCUACGACCAGGCAUCGGCGCAUUCAUUUCGCAGACAUCAAUAUUGA